AUGAAGGAGUCCGAGAUCAAGCGCAACCCGCACCCAGACUUUAAGAAGGUCGAGGCGUCCCGCCCAGCCUGGGACCGCGACGCCGAAGGCUUCAAGUACACGCAGACGGCCUCGCCCUCAUGGAAGCUCGGCUCGGGCGCAAACGACCUGGCGAGCGAGCAGCAGCGGCAACAAAAGCACGUCACGAUCGACCCGUACGGCGAGGGGCGCGCCCCGGUCAACAACUACAAGCUGCUGAUCUCGGCGGUCGUGCCGCGGCCGAUCGCGUUCGUGUCGACCGUGUCGCCGGACGGCAAGACGACGAACCUGGCGCCCUUCUCGUACUUCCAGGUCAUCAGCCACGACCCGCCGCUGUUCGUCAUCGGCUUCGCGUCGUCGCUGGCCGGCGCCGCCGCCGCCAAGCACACCCUGCACAACCUGGCCGAGACGCGCGAGUGCACCGUCAACAUCAUCAGCGAGCACUUUGCCGAGGCCGCCAACAGCACCAGCGUCAACGCCCCCUACGGCGCCUCCGAGUGGGCCGUCUCCGGGCUCACCCCCGCCUACGACUGCCAGACCGUCAAGCCCGCGCGCGUCAAGGAGGCCAUCUUCUCCAUCGAGGGGAAGCUGGAGAGCGUGCGCGAGUUUGAGAGCCGCAGCAAGCCCGGGACCAAGAACGCCACCAUGGUCGUCGUCGAGGGGACGCGCUUCUGGGUGCGCGAGGACGCCAUCAACGAGGAUAAGAACCUUAUAGACCCCUCGGUCCUCCGACCAAUAAGCAGGCUAGGUGGCAUCACCUACGGCCGCACAAUCGAGGGUUUCGAGCUUCCUCGGCCCGAUUUUAAUAAGGACCUCGGUGGCCCGGAAGCGUACCAGAAGCUCGAGGCCGAGAGGAAAGGCAAGGAUGACAGCAAUGUAGAUGGGAAGAUAUAA